UUAACUAUGCUGUGAUCCUGUGACAGAGAGAAGUUAUUGUCAACUUGUCAACUUUCAGCACUGUCAAAAAUAAAAAAUUAGUCUUCUAAACAAUAAUGGCAGAUGAUUUGGAGGAUGAUCAAUGGUUAUAUGGCGAUAAUCCUGAAUCAUCCGAUGUAAAUUCAGGUGAACCACCAACUAAUACCGAAAAUGAAGAAAAAACUGAGGAAGGAGAGGUUCCUUCAAAACCCUCAGAGGAGCAACCUGAACCAACACUACAGGCUGUCGAGGACGAUGGUCCUCCAGGGGUUGAUAUUGACGAGAAGGAGAAUGGACUGGAAACUCAUGACGGCAUCGAGGAUGGAGAAGUUCAGCAAAAUGGAGACAGUGAAAAAGAGGAUUUGGAUGACGAUAGUGACGAUGAUGUAAAUGUAGUAAUCGGUGAUAUAAAACCAACUGCCCCUUCUUACACUUCUCUGAAUAUCAAAAGAGGAGGUCUUCUCACUUCCGUGGGAGAUAAAAACAAACAAGCUCCACAGCAACAACCAGGCAAAUUUGUUGUGGAGGAGUUCGAACAGAUUGGAACCAUCAAUGGAGUCCCAGCCAUGGAAUUCAAUGUUGACUCAUUGGAAGACAAACCUUGGCGAAAACCUGGUGCUGAUAUUACGGACUAUUUCAAUUAUGGCUUUAAUGAGGAUACCUGGAGGGCUUAUUGCGAGCGUCAAAAAAGAAUGAGAGUCAAUGAGUCAGGUGUCGGACUUAUUCCAAUGAACAACAUAGGGUUAGCACGAGGACCAAUUCCCAUUAUGAAUGACAACAGCAAGUACGCCGGAAGUUUCAUAGGUAUGGGUAAAGCAGGUCCUCCUCCUUGCAGGAAAUUCACAGGUGGUAUUGAUGUUAUAGGAGCAGUUCAGAGGACCAUGCCGCCACCCAUUAUGAAGGUUGAUCAAGUACCUAAAGUGAACACCAUACAGGUUAUGACAGCAGACAGAAGAGAGUACAGCAGAAAACCAGCUGGCUUUCCUGAUAUGACAGUUCCACCGCCUGCUACCUUUGAAAACUUCCAACCGGAGUAUGGAUUUAAUCCAGAACCAGAACCAUUCUAUGGGGGUUAUGAACCUACUCAAGAUUCACAAUGGGGGACUGAACCUCCUCCUGGGUGGGUUCCUACCGAUUUGAAAACCUUGACUGGCCCACCCCCGAUGGGUCCUCCACCUAUGCAUAUGGGUCCACCACCUGCUAUGCGGUCACCUAGUAGCAGACGUGAUAAUAGCCCUCACAAAGAGAGAGAUCGAGACAGAGAGAGGGAGUCCAGAAGUCGAUCUGAGAAGCCUAGAGACAGAGACCGGGAGAGAUCUCACAGAAGGGAGAGAUCUAGAAGUAGAUCAAGAAGACACAAGUCAAGGUCCCGCAGCCCAAGCCAUCGAUCUCACAGGAAAAAGAAGUCCAGGAGGCACGAAGAUAGUGACUGAAGUUGAGAAUCAGGAACCCGAUUAAGUUAGGAUUUUUGAUCUUGAUCUAGAAAAUAUAAGUACGAUUCAAACUUGUCAGUAGUAAGGAUACUGAGGUCUUUGUUGUAUUGAAUUAACUUUUUAUCUGUCACUAUUCGUAAUAAUAAACUUCUCAAAUGUGUUCACUUUUAA